CUGCCCAGGUAAGCCUGCGGGAGCCUCAUUUGAGACUUGGCAAGGGCAGAAGGUCUGGACAAGGGGUUGGGCAGUGAGAGAAGAGGGUCACACUUCUGCCGCAGGUCUGUGGGACUUGGGUUCAUGUCAUCCCUCCUCUGACAUUAGGAGGUGGGGAAUUAGGGCUGGGGGGGGCAGGAACUCAGUGGUGAAGUACUUGCCCAGUAUAUAUGAGGGUGUGGUUCCAUCCCCAGCACCGGGGCCAGGGUCCCCUCAAGGAGUCGGGUCCCAAGCAGAGAAGAAGCCUGUCAGAACAGACAAGUCCUCCAUUUGGGUUUACCUCCAGGGUGCCUCAGCUUGCUCUGGCAGGAGGGUGUGUGGUCCAGGCCUAUAGGGUGGGCAGGGCUAUAUAAGGACAGAUGAAGGACUGGGGACUCCCAGAGGUGACCUGGGAAAGUGGCUCAUCCACGCAUGCCCACCAGUCUACGCCCAGAGGGUAAAUAAUUGAAGGGCAGGUCACAGGAGCCUGCCUGCGUCACAGGAUGCCUUCCCCACAGGGUCUGGUUACGCCCCAGAUCGCAUUGACAUCCCCCCUGGCUGGUGAAUAAUUAAGCAGCCACCUUCUUCCAGAUAGGACUCCAUCUGCAGGCUCCACUCUACAGCUUUGUUGCUGCCCGCUGUCUGGGAGGCACAGCACUGGGCACCCGUAGAGACUGACUCCAGCCCUGCUAGGCGACCUGCCUCCUCAGUGCCAGCGCCACCUUCCAUGGCUCCCGAAAUGGACCAGUUCUACAGGUCUACCAUGGCCAUCUACAAGAGCAUCAUGGAGCAGUUUAACCCUGCACUGGAGAAUCUCGUGUACCUGGGUAACAACUACCUCCGAGCCUUCCACGCUCUAUCCGAGGCGGCUGAGGUGUAUUUCAGCGCCAUCCAGAAGAUUGGGGAGCAGGCCCUGCAGAGCUCCACAUCACAGAUUCUGGGUGAGAUCUUGGUUCAGAUGUCGGACACUCAGCGGCACUUGAACUCAGACCUGGAGGUGGUGGUGCAGACAUUCCAUGGAGACCUGCUUCAGCACAUGGAGAAGAAUACCAAGCUGGACAUGCAGUUCAUCAAAGAGAGCUGCCAGCACUAUGAGAUUGAGUAUCGCCACCGUGCGGCCAACUUGGAGAAGUGCAUGUCUGAGCUGUGGCGCAUGGAACGCAAGAGGGACAAGAAUGCGCGGGAGAUGAAGGAGAGCGUGAACCGGCUGCACGCACAGAUGCAGGCCUUCGUGUCCGAGAGCAAGCGCGCAGCCGAGCUGGAAGAGAAGCGUCGCUACCGCUUCCUGGCUGAGAAGCACCUGCUGCUGUCCAACACCUUCCUGCAGUUCUUGGGCCGGGCCCGGGGGAUGCUACAGAACCGCGUGCUGCUGUGGAAGGAGCAGUCGGAGGCCAGCCGCAGCCCGUCGCGCGCCCACUCCCCGGGGCUGCUGGGCCCGACACUGGGGCCGCCCUACCCCUCGGGCCGCCUGACGCCCACCCGGCUGGACAUGCCCCCGAGGUCCCUGGGAGAGUAUGGCUCCCCCCGCAGCCGGCAAGGCUCCAGCUCCUACGGCCCCGAGCCCGCCGAGGCGAGGUCCGCGUCCCAGUUGGAGCUAGACCGCCGAUCACUGCCCCGGACACCGUCGGCCUCCUCGCUCUACGCCAGCAGCACCCAGCGCUCACGGUCCAAUUCCUUCGGCGAGCGCCUGGGCGGCGCGGGUGCCAGGAGAGUCCGCGCCCUGGUCUCCCACUCGGAGGGUGCCAACCACACGCUGCUGCGCUUCUCGGCUGGAGACAUCGUUGAGGUGCUGGUGCCCGAAGCUCAGAAUGGCUGGCUCUACGGCAAGCUGGAGGGCUCGUCCGCAAGUGGCUGGUUCCCUGAGGCCUAUGUGAAACCUUUGGAAGAGAUGCCAGUGAACUCCAUGAACCCAGUCACCCCCAUGAACUCCAUGGCCCCCAUGAGCCCAAUGAAUGAACUGCCUUCCAGGUCCUACCCCCUCCGGGGCAGCCACAGCCUUGAUGACCUCUUGGACAGGCCAGGCAACCCCGCAGCCUCAUCAGACUACUGGGAUAGCCAGUCGCGCUCCCGGACCCAGAGCCGCGUCCCCAGCCGUGCCCCCAGCCCCGCACCCACACCCUUGCCCAGCAGCAGGCGGAGCAGUGUGGGCAGCAUGGGGGCAGCCACCGAUGUCAAGAAACUUAUGUCCUGGGAACACCACCCCCCAGAGCUCUUUCCACGGGGUACAAAUCCCUUUGCCACCGUGAAGCUGCGUCCCACUGUCACCAACGACCGCUCAGCACCCCUCAUCCGCUGAGGCCAUGUCCUCCACCGGGGCCUGAGGGCCCCAGCACGCUUGCCCAGGGCUAUUCCAGCCAACAGCAGCAGCAGUGGAUCCCGGAUGCCAGGCGCUGAUACCCAGGGGACCAUCUUUCCCCCUCUGCCUGCAGCCCAGGAGCUCACUGAGGGCUGGGCCUGCCACAUGGAGCAGGGAGAAGGGGGGGUGGGGCACAGAGCAACUUGUUGCUUUCAGGGACCCCACGUCUCCCCCCAGGACCCAGCCUCUCGCCUCCCAUCUUCCUGCCUGUGCCUCCUCUUCCGUCCCUGCCCCGUGAAAUCCCUGUUUAACUUUUGUAACUGAUUAAAAAUAAAGGAAGUGGGCACAGUGAGA